AUGGCCGAGAAGCGGAGGGGCUCGCCGUGCAGCAUGCUAAGCCUUAAGGCGCACGCCUUUUCGGUGGAGGCACUGAUCGGCGCCGAGAAGCAGCAACAGCUUCAGAAGAAGCGGCGAAAGCUGGGCGCUGAGGAGGCGGCCGGGGCCUUAGAUGACGGAGGCUGCAGCCGCGGCGGCGGCGCCGGCGAAAAGGGCUCCUCCGAGGGAGAUGAAGGCUCUGCGCUCCCGCCGCCGGCUGGGGCGGCUUCCGGGCCCACCCGGAGUUGCGCAGACCUGGAGCGGAGCUGCGGCUCCCGGGGAGCCGCGGGCGGCUGUGAGGAUGGCUUCCUGCAGGGCGCUUCCCCGCUGGCAUCCCCAGGAGGCUCCCCGAAGGGGUCCCCGGCGCCCGCCCUGGCCCGGUCCGGGACCCCGCUGCCCUCGCCGCAGGCCCCGCGGGUGGAUCUUCAAGGAGCUGAGCUCUGGAAGCGCUUUCACGAGAUCGGCACGGAGAUGAUCAUCACCAAGGCGGGCAGGCGCAUGUUUCCAGCAAUGAGAGUGAAGAUCUCAGGAUUAGAUCCUCACCAGCAGUAUUAUAUUGCCAUGGAUAUUGUGCCAGUGGACAACAAAAGAUACAGGUAUGUUUAUCACAGCUCUAAAUGGAUGGUGGCGGGCAAUGCUGACUCCCCCGUGCCACCCCGCGUGUACAUUCAUCCGGACUCGCCUGCCUCGGGGGAGACUUGGAUGAGACAAGUGAUCAGUUUCGACAAGCUGAAGCUCACCAACAACGAGUUGGACGACCAAGGCCACAUUAUACUUCAUUCUAUGCACAAAUACCAACCGCGAGUCCACAUCAUCCGUAAAGACUGUGGGGACGAUCUUUCUCCCAUCAAGCCGGUUCCAUCUGGAGAGGGAGUGAAGGCAUUCUCCUUUCCAGAAACUGUUUUCACCACUGUCACCGCCUAUCAGAACCAGCAGAUUACUCGUCUAAAGAUAGAUAGGAAUCCCUUUGCCAAAGGCUUCCGAGACUCCGGGCGUAAUAGAAUGGGUUUGGAAGCCCUUGUGGAGUCAUAUGCAUUCUGGAGACCUUCACUACGGACCCUCACCUUUGAAGAUAUCCCUGGAAUUCCCAAGCAAGGAAACACAGGUUCCUCUACCUUACUCCAAGGUUCUGGGAAUGGUGUUGCGGCCACCCACCCUCAUCUUUUGUCCGGCUCCCCUUGCUCAUCUCCUGCCUUCCAUCUGGGACCCAACACCAGCCAACUGUGUGGUCUGGCCCCAGCUGACUAUUCCGCCUGUGCCCGCUCUGGCCUCACCCUCAACCGAUACAGCACGUCCUUGGCUGAGACCUACAACAGGCUCACCAACCAGACAGGGGAGACCUUCGCCCCUCCCAGGACUCCCUCCUACGUGGGCGUCAGCAGCAGCGCCUCGGUGAACAUGUCCAUGGGCGGCACGGAUGGAGACACCUUCAGCUGCCCACAGACCAGCUUGUCCAUGCAGAUUUCAGGGAUGUCUCCCCAGCUCCAGUACAUCAUGCCUUCACCCCCCAGCAACGCCUUUGCUGCUAACCAGACCCACCAGGGUUCCUACAACACGUUCAGAUUACACAGCCCCUGUGCCUUGUAUGGGUAUAACUUCUCCACAUCCCCUAAACUGGCUGCCAGUCCUGAGAAAAUUGUUUCUUCCCAAGGAAGUUUCUUGGGGUCCUCACCAAGUGGGACCAUGACGGAUCGGCAGAUGUUGCCCCCCGUGGAAGGCGUGCACCUGCUUAGCAGUGGGGGUCAGCAGAGUUUCUUUGACUCUAGGACCCUAGGAAGCUUAACUCUCUCAUCAUCUCAAGUAUCUGCACAUAUGGUCUGAUGAAGCCUUUAAGUUAAACUACAUUCAAAUCCAGCUAAUGUAUUUUCUUUCUUCAUUUUCUUUUAUUACUUUUUUUUUUCUCUUUGGAAAGCAAUAUGAAAAGAAACUUAUCAAGUAGCUUGUAAAAUGUAUAUAUAAUAGAAAAUGAAGGCUCACUGAGGUUUUUGACUUCCUUAUGGUGAGACUGUGAUUAGCUAUGGUAUAUAUGUAUACUGUAUGUGGCAUGUGGAGUUUGCAGCCUACAAAACCACAUCCUCCCUCUAUUUUUCUCCCCAGUUGGACAGAGUAUUGGCAUACAUGUAGUAUGUUUAACCAAAGUUCUUAUACUUAAAAAAAAAAAACAGCAAACUUAAAACUUGGCAAUGAUACUAACCAGACUAAGAAGUAUAACUUAAUUUAUCAGGAAAAUGCUCUACACAGAUUUCCUACUUGAGUGUUGAUAACCAGCAGUAAACCAGCACACAGAGUCUUGCGAUUUGUUAUUCUUGGGCACAGUGUGAGAACCUAAGAUGCAAAAGCCAGUUGAAGUCUUAGUAAUAGUUCUGAGGUAUUUGUAAUCAUGAAGGAUUAGCUUUUGCGUUCCUGCUUGUUCUUAUUUAACACAUCUAUUAGGUGACUUUGGUCCUGUAAAAAUUCAUAGUCCAUAAUAAUUAUUUCCCUAAAGAAGAUAGAGAGGCUUGUAAUUUUUUCACUUUCUGUCAGAUAUAUAAGAGGUAUUUAUUCAUAUGCAGAGAAUAAAUUUCCAAUGUUUUGGACUUUCUUGGUUCAUUUUAUUUAGUAUCAAGUAGACCAAUAAAUAUUUUAAAUUCCAGUUUUCACCAGGAAAGGAAUAUGUGACAUGACUGGAAUGGCAAAAAGAAAAUAAAUCCACCUCAAAUACUUUGAUUCCAAUGAAAAAUGUCUAACAUUUUAAAUCAAGAGGAAUAAUAUUUUCUGCUUUCCCUUAGGUUUUUAUAGUGUGGUUUUUUUCAUUCAGGUUUCUUUUUCCAUCUUGCCUUGAGAUUCCUGACCCAUGAUCUAGAAGUAAAGAGAAAAGUCACUUACACUACUUAUUUAUGUGUCGAAAAUUCCUGCAAAUUGAAACCUCCCCCCUCCCUGAACCUUGUCCUUUUGUCUGAGUCUUUCUCAAAACAGAUAGAUUCUAGGCCUUCCUGGUGUUAAAUAGCGCUGUAAGGAAUUUCAGGAGGUUAUCUCCGGCAAUCUGUCUUUUGGGGGUUGCAGUGCAAAGGCCAAAACCCAUUACUAUAAAGUCCUUCUUGGAAGACUAAGGAGGAAGAUACCAAUUAUGAUAAAGGAGCUGUAAAACUUUUAACCUCAACAUCAUUUUUAGCCUUGAAACUGGAAAAAAAAGAGAAAAAACGGCAUUAUUUUUAAAAAAUCCACAAAAUAAUGUGUGCAUGGUUUCAAAACAAGUAGUAACUUUGAUAGCACAAAAUGAGAUUAAUAGGAAAAGUUAAGAAUGCAAGGUGAAGAGCAUUACCAUCUAUUUGUUGAGAAUGAAAUUAUGUGUCUGGACAUUGACUCAUUACGUCUCAUAUGUUUGUCAAGCAAAAGCAGUAGGGUUUCCUUUCAAUGCUAAACAUUAUCCUAUCCCUAGUUUGAUGGGUAAAAAAUGUAGUUCCUAAUUUGCUUCUUUACUUUAAAGCAGCAUGGAUGUUAUAUGUUUAGGGAGAUUACUAUUUGAACAGUAUUUUCACACAAUGUGACUCUUUAUACAUACUGAUAAAUUUCCUCAUGGAUUCUCUAGCAAUUCGUCAAGUGAGUAUUGAUCUUUAAAUUUAAAAUUAGUGUGAAGGUACAUGACAUAUUUCCAAUAGUUAGAUCUAUGUAACAUGUUUGUGUAUGGUAUUAAUAGCUUGAUAAAGAUUUGGGAAAAGUCCUUAUUAUGAACAUAUCCCAGCCUCAGAAUCUGGCAUAAUUUCAGGAGAACAAGAGGGUUUUCCAUCUUGAGAAAACAUGGAAAGUAGUGAUCUAUUCCUAUAUAUAUAAGAUGAGAAUUUUCCUUUUUCCUCUUUGUGAUUUGAGAUGAUACCACAAUACGAGGAGAAUUUUUAAUCUUUUCCUUUUGAUCAGCAAUAUUGUACAAGUGCUAUUUCCUUUAGGUUUUAUUGUAAAUAUGAAUCUUCAUGUCACUUCAAAGACUAGCCUUUUAUCACUAUAUUAAAUGACAUACAUGCAUUGAUAAUUAUAAUUAUAUAUCUGUAUUUUAUUAAAAAAUACUUAAGAAAUUAUAUAUUAAAGUGUGUUACUAAACCCUU